AGAAUUGGAAUUUUUCCAGAAUAAUAAUUAAUCAGAAAGAUAAAGACCACAUGGUCUUCCACCUCCUCCUCAGACCAAAGCAGAUUCAACGAACAUGCUCCUGAAACUGCAAGACUCUUCCAUAUUCUCUCCCUUGUUCACCUUCCCAAGCUUCUAAUCAUGAACAGAAUAGAGUCUACCAAUUGAAAAAUCAAAUAGAUCGAUAUAAUUUCACACGCAAUCAUCCAACAAAUUCUCUUGAAAAAAUGUCAAAUUUCCCUGAUGCGGUGGCCGAUGGCCGGAGGUCCGGCAAGGCACCGGAGAAGUCCAAUUUUUCUCAGACUUGCAGCCUCUUGAGCCAGUUCUUGAAGGAGAAGCGUACUUCUGGAGCUUCCACUCUCGGAGUUGGUUCUAAAAUGGAGCCUAGAGGUACCAAGGAUUUUCUAGCCAGUAUUCAUAAUUCAGAUGGAGCUUUGAGACUAAAUUCUGCGGCUAUGGAUUCCCUUCCCCAGCUUGUGGAAAAUCCCUGCAUCAAGAAGUCUAAUAUUAGGUCAUUGGAACCUGAAACUCCACAAUUGACCAUAUUCUAUUCCGGAAAAAUGUUGGUAUUUGAUGCCUUUCCACCAGACAAGGCCACAGAGGUAAUGGAGUUAGCCACCAAGUUAGCCUCGAACAGUUCCAUUGUCGAACAAAGCCAGCCCAGUGCUUCGGUUGCGACUGAAAAUUUGAGUAAAGACAAAGUGCCGCAGACAAAUAAUGCCUCUGAAACUCCUAGGCCAGGAAAGCAAGCUGUUGGUUCCGAUAUGAGGUAUCCAAGGAGAGCUUCACUUGUAAAAUUCCUUGAGAAGAGAAAAGAAAGGGUCAUUGCUAGAGGACCUUACCAAGUAAACAACCCAAAUCCCAAGCCUGAGGGUAGCAGUUCCGGCGGCGAACCUUACCCGGUAAACUGCCCGAAUUCGAAGCAUGAGGAAGGCAGUUCAGGGGUUGUACCUGAAGAUCAAUCCUCCAAACACUUUGACCUUAACUCAUAGUGGCAUAGCUCAUGGUGAAUUUAGGUUAUACUGAGAGACUUGGACAGCCAAAAGCUCCUCCUAACUACAUGAUUAUAGUCCUUUUGCCGGUUAUUGGGGGCCUUUAUACAUAUAUAUAUUUAUAAUAUAAAUCUGUAUCUAUUGUUUUCAUCAGUUAGGUCCAAUGUCCUGGACCAAACCAGAAAAGAAAAUUAGUUUUUUAUUGUUACCCGAGAUUGAUUUAGUUCAGAAAAUUUCAAGUAUUUGUGUGCAUUAUUCCAUCA